CCAGCAGACGCCCAUUCUCCUUUCAUCUCGGUGUUUUACCUGACCACGUGUACUGUUAAACGUUCGUCACUAAGCAAGCAGUUUAGAAAUGAAGAAACAAUUACGUGCCAAAAGUCACCGAUUGCCUUUGAGAAGGAAGUAUACCAUCAUCAAAAAGAUCAAAGAACACAAAAGAAAAGUAAAGCGGGAUUUAAGGCGACACCCAGAAAAGAGGCGUAAACCUCGCACUGAUCAUGGAGUGCCAAAUUCUUGUCCUUUCAAGGAAGAAAUUCUCCUAGACAUGGAGAAACUAAAACAAAUUAAGGAAAGGGAGCAAGAAGCCAAGAGAGCUGAAGUCCUUGAAAAAAGAAAACAAAUGAGAGAAGCAAAACUUAAUGGAAACAGACCUCUAGGAAAUCUUGAAACCAUUGCCCAAGAUGCUGAAAAGCGUGAUGCCAUGUUUGAACAGAAAAACAAUGAAGCUGCAGAAGCUUUGAAGCAAACUAAUGAAGCUUUACAUGACAACUCUUUCAAAGCUUUUUACAAGGAGUUUCGAAAGGUAAUUGAAGCCGCUGAUGUCAUAUUGGAAGUUUUAGAUGCAAGGGACCCUAUUGGAACUAGAUGUAAAACAGUUGAACAGGCUGUAUUGGACGCAGGAGCCAACAAAAGACUUGUUCUUGUUUUAAAUAAAGCUGAUUUGGUUCCGAAAGAAAAUUUAACACAGUGGUUAAAAUAUUUGAGAAAUGAGCUUCCUGCAAUUGCUUUCAAAGCAAGCACUCAAAUGCAAUCUACGAAACUUGGGCGCGGCCGCAAUAAAUUUCUUAAAAGCAGCCAGCCUGAAAUCCAAACUUCUAAUUGUUUGGGAGCAGACACUCUGAUGACACUUUUGGGAAACUACGCUCGUAAUAAAGGAAUCAAAACAGCCAUCCGAGUGGGUGUAGUUGGUUUACCGAAUGUCGGUAAAAGCAGCAUUAUUAACAGUUUGAAGCGUAGCAAAUCUUGUAAUGUUGGAGCAGUGCCCGGUGUUACCAAGAUGAUGCAGGAAGUGGCGCUCGACUCCAAAAUUAUGCUACUAGACAGUCCUGGCAUUGUGAUGGCCACAGGUGAUGCAUCUGAUACGACAAUCGCUCUUCGAAAUGCGCUACGUAUUGAUAGCCUUGAAGAUGCCAUAGCACCAGUCGAAGUUAUCCUAAAACGAACAGGAAAAGAAUACAUGAUGCUUCAGUAUAAUCUAAGUAACUUUGAAACAACACAAGAAUUUCUUUGCAUUCUUGCCAAGCGAACCGGCCAGUUGAGAAAGGGAGCCGUUCCAGAUGUCUUCGGAGCUGCAAAGAAAAUUCUUCACGAGUGGAACACUGGAAAAAUCAAGUAUUUCACUUGCCCGCCGGAGACUUUUUCUCCGACUACCCAUAUUGCUGCUUCUAUUGUUGCUGACAUGGCUAAAGAGUUUUCUCUCGAUGAUGCCGAUUUCAACCAAAAAGAGACGCAUGAUAUUGAGCAACUACCGUCUGUAAGACCAUCGACUACCGUAGCUGUUGAGACAAUGGGUUUCUUUGAAGGAAAACCAGAAUCCCAGGAUGAUGUGUCGACGAUGGAAUGUGACGACAACGAGAAAGUAUCGACAAAUGAGAAAGAUAAUGAGACAACACAAGUUAAAAUCGGAAGUUCGAAGCCAGUCGUUGGAACUAAAGAUCGCCUGAAAAAAAGUGUCGUUUUUCAGAAAAAAAGCAAUCCUGAACUGCUUUUGCCCGGCAACCAAAGGUCGAAUAAGGCCAAGAGAUUGCAAAUGAAAAAGGCUAAGAAGGAUCAAGCUCGACGAGAAAAAGUUGGUGCGAAGCUGGCUUCAGAUAUGGAAGUUGCCUUCAGCGGUCUUGGAUCCCUGUAAUCGUUUCGCAUUUUGUAACAAUAAAACUGACAUUAUGACGA